AUGUCUGAUUUUAGCGACGAACUGUCCCAACCACCAUCAACGUUUCACAUCGACUUAUUCCUGAAAAAGAUCGUCGAUGAUCCUUCACACGAUUCUUACAGACAGUCCCUUCAGUCUGCAGCAUCAUACGCCCAGGUAAAUUUAGACCUAUUUCACCUACUGAGUGGAACACUUUGGUGUUGGGUAUCUGCGUUGUUUGAAGAUCAUCUAUCCAAAAAUUGUGACGAUUUGCACAUUACGAACAGAGAAUUUACUUGGGCUACAGGGAAACUUCAUCAAUUGUUUCUCACUCAUGAGUAUAGAAGUAAUGUUGUUAGCGCUUUUGGUGUUACAAAGGAGAGCGAAAUCGAUGAUGGACAAAGAAGUUUGUCAGCAUCCCUUCUUCUUUGUCUUUACCAAUUGUUUCUCAGAAAACUGGUCAAACUUACUUGUGAACGAGGUGAAGCAGAAUCGGUGUCGUCGGUGGAGUUUGAUGUGUAUGAUAUGAGUGCAGAGGGCCAAGGGAAAGUCCAGUACAUCGGUUGGAUGGGCAAUAAAGAAAUGCCUGGAUAA